AUGAGUCAAAGUACGAUUCGAGAGACGUGGCAGAGCAUUUCGGCUCGCAAGCAGGCCGAGCGUGCGUCGAAGAUCCCGUCGGAAUGGCUCAUCCCGGAGGCGCUGAUGCCGUCCGACGAGGAGGAUAGGGUGCAGGAAUUUCCGUACACGUCGGGCUUCUUCACGAAACGCGAGCUUCUAAUCACGGAUUCAACAGCAUCGGAGGUCGUCUCGAAGGUGGCAGCCGGGGAGUGGACAGCAGUCGAGGUAAUUAAGGCGACAUGCAAGAGAGCUGCCGUGGCGCAACAGCUCGUCAAUUGCGUGACUGAGACUUAUUUUGACCAAGCCCUCAUCCGCGCCACUGAGCUGGACGAGCACCUCCAGACGAAGGGCGAAACCGUCGGCCCCCUCCACGGUCUCCCUGUCAGUCUCAAAGACCAAUUUAACCUCAAAGGCGUCGACUCCACGAUCGGAUAUGCCGCAUGGGCAGGGAAGAAGCCUGAGGAGGAGUCAACACUAGUUAGACUUCUGCGGAAUGCGGGAGCCGUGUUCUAUGUGAAAACGAACGUCCCGACCACGCUGAUGACGGGCGAAACGGUGAACAACCUGUUCGGCAGGACUUCCAAUCCCCGGAAUCGCAAGCUUACGAGCGGGGGUUCAUCUGGCGGCGAAUCAGCCUUGAUUGCCUUACGGGGUAGCUUCAUCGGCGUUGGCACUGAUAUCGGAGGGAGCAUUCGGCAUCCGGCCUCGUUCUUGGGCUUGUAUGCCCUGCGACCGUCACACGGUAGAGUAUCGUAUCAGCAAGUCACCAAUACCUUCUUAGGCCAGGAAGCGGUCAGGUCAUGCGCGGGGCCGAUGUGUCGGUCGCCCGAGGACAUUCGCCUCUUCAUGGCAAGCGUCGCGGCGCAGAAGCCGUGGGAGCACGACCCUCAAAUCAUUCCGCUGCCGUGGAGAGCGGACGCAGAGGUACUCCCAGAAAAGCUAUGUUUCGGUUUCGGCAUGGGAGACGGAUACGUGAACCCUUCACCCCCCCUCCGAAGGGCGAUGGAGAUCACAAGGGAUAAAUUGCUCGCAGCAGGCCACAGGAUAAUCGACUUUAUCCCAUACGAGUCGAAGGAGGCGUCGGAGAUCAUCUGGAAGAUGUGGCUUGCCGACGGUGCAGAGGAGAUCCGGCGAGACUCAGGACUGACGGGCGAACCCCUGCCGCCGGGGGUCGAGAUGAUGUACGGCCAUAGCAAUGCCUCGCUCAAGCCUCUCAGCGUAUUCGAAUCGUGGCAGAACCAACAUAGGAGAACUGUGUUAGCCCAACGGUUUCUAGAAAGAUGGCAGAAGACGGCAGAAGUGACAGGAACCGGCCGCCCGAUCGAUGCGCUAAUAACACCAAACAGCGUCACGCCAGCAGCACGCCACAGUAUGGGACAGCCAUGGAAUUACGGCGCACUAUCGCCACUGCUCGACCUGACAACGGGGGUGUUUCCAGUUACCGAAGUGGAUCUAGUGAAGGAUGUGAUUCCCGGCGACUGGAAGCCUAUCUCGGAGAAAGACAGAGAAGCGAUGGAAUUCUACGAGAGGCCCGAGAAUCAUGAAAACGCACAGGUUGGGCUCGCACUAAUCGGCCGGCGCCUCGAGGAAGAGAAGAUUACGGCCAUGUUGAAAGUUAUGAAGGAGGUGGUGGGGUUCCACGUCGGAUAG